AUGGUCCUCACCGAGCAUUCCUGGCUCAUGUGGCAGAUCCUAUUAGCCUUGCCACUGCUCGUUGGCUUCAUUCUGCUUUCGAAUCAACUCCUGUGCCCAUCUCCUAGCAAAAAGACCAAUUCAACUAUCCCGGCCGUUGGGGUCUCUCCUGGUCCGCUUGGUUCUUGGACGGCAGGGAUCAGGUUUGUGAAACAUUCCGCCUCUAUUAUUCAAUAUGGAUAUGAAAAGUACGCACCAGAUCAAAAGGCAUUCAAGAUAUCAACUCUACCACGCUGGGUAGUCGUAGCCACCCACGAUGCGGCGAUCAAGCAGUUGCAAGACUCCGACGAACAAUUUCUAUCCAUGCAAGAAGCUGCCAACGAGCGAAACUCCAUCUCCUAUGUUCUCGGGAAAUACAUCCACGAGAACCCGUAUCAUAUGUCCAUCGUCCAGAGAAGACUCACGCCCCGCCUAUCCCAGAUUUUACCAGAAGUGAUCGAGGACUUGGACCUCAUAUUUGGUGAUUUUCAAACGACCGCUACAGAGUGGGCAGCUCUGGAUCAUCACAAGAUCGCAGAAAGGUGUAUCUCAGCCAUCACGAACCGGGCGCUGCUGGGUCCAACCCUCGCCGGGGACCUAGAAUUCCUCGACAGCGUGCUUGAGCUGUCGAACGUCAUUUCACGCGCGGGUCUAGUCAUAGAUCUAACUCCACGAUCUCUCAAGUCCCUCAUGGCUCGUUUUCUGGUGCAUAGACAUGCAGCGUUUAAGAUCUAUCUCUCAAAGGUGAUCCCUCUGUUCAAAGACCGACGCCGAGCGUACCGAGAAAACGGCGAUCAGGUGGAAAGACCCAAUGAUGCAAUUCAAUGGUUUCUCGAAGCCGCACCGGCAACCCAAUCAGAAUACGAUCUCGCUCUCUACAUUCUCUAUAUCCAAUUCUCCGCAAUUCACACCUCAUCCGCAAGUCUCGUCAAUGUGCUACAUGAUCUAGCAGCUUCGCCCGGGUUCCAAAAUCCGAUCAAAGAUGAAGUAAACGCCGUGCUGCAAAAAGACGGCAACUGGACCAAGCAGUCGCUUGCAAAAAUGGGGAAACUGGAUAGCUCGGUCCGGGAAAGCCAGAGACUUCACCCCGUUACGACCGCAACGAUGAUGAGAAAGGUGCUGCAGCCUUAUACCCUAGUCGACGGAACUCACCUCUCCCCGGGCCAAUGGGUCGUUGCGCCCGCCUGGGCGAUCAAUCGCUCGCUCCAGAAAUACGACCAUCCCACGGAGUUCAACGCAUUUAGUCCAGGGCGGUUCUUUGCGAUGAUGGAAUUGAAGCUUGUAACGGCUUAUAUCGUGCAAAAAUUUGAGUUCAGACUUGGAACGGAGAGCGAAGGAGUGAGACCUCAGAACGGAUUCUUCUGCUUUUCAUGUGUACCGGACUCGGAGUCUCGGCUGUUGUUUAAGAUGAGGUAA